UGUGUGAGGGUGUUGGAUCCCCUGGAACUGGAGUUAGACAGUUGUGAGCUGCCACGUGGGUGCUGGAAAUUGAACCAGGGUGCCCUGGAAGGGCAGCCAGUGCUCUGAACUGCUGAGCCAUCUCUCCAACCCCAGUUCUUUGUAUUUUUAUGUAAGCUGCUGCUUCCAGUCAGCAUGCCCUCCCAUCCUCACCAAGAACAAUCUUGUACAUCCUCUAAGAUAGUCUCAAAUGCUACUGAGAGUCCUGCUUAACCAUUUAUUGAAUACUCAUUACUUAAGUACUCAAUGCCUAUUUUAUUAGGUAAGUUAAGCACCUUACAUUUAUUAUCUGGCUAUGUAUCGAUAUGGUUUCUAUUACAGUUGUCUUAUUUUCUCUAUAAUAAUGCAGAUUCCUUGAGAGCACAUUGCAUCUUUGAAUCCAUAGCUAAGCUGUACACUUAGUUGAUGGAAAUGCUUGAGUAACUGAAUGAUUACAGUGCUUUGAACUAGUUCCUGUGGAAAACUACAAACGAAGCAUAACUAGUUCCAUUCUAAUUGGAGAACACAUGCACACACCUAAUAUUGCAAGAAUAUUAAGUAUUGAGAUAAUAAAUGGAAUACUGACCAUAUGUGUAGCACAAAGUCAACCUGGAAGAAUCAAAUUCAUAGAGUAAAAGGAGUAUUUCGAUUUUCAUUGUCAGGGAGACCUGAUUUGGGGUUGUUUCCCUACUUCACAUCCUCAAAAAGAGAGUGACUUUUUCUUUUCACAGUACAUCUGUAAAGUGGGCAUAUUACAGCUUCCUUUAUGGAACUGUUGGAAGGAUUCAGUGAGAUAAUAACCAAAGUGCCUAUCAUGAACAAUGCAAAUGUUUAAAGCAAGCUAGAAUUUUAAAGAAGUUACAUACGUGGGCUUGUUUUAGAGGCCUCAGUAGGUCGGUUCAGGAGGUGUGAGUGUUGGGGGUCUGGGAACUGACCAGCUAGGCUUAGAUCAUGGAGGCAUCCAGAACCCCCAAACUUCUGGUGUUACUAACAAACAACACUACCUGAGGACACACUAACACCCUGCACACAAAACCUAAAACCCUCUCUCACCAUUGUUUAGCUGCAGAAGCAAAUGAAAGGAAAUUUGGGAGGGAGAGCGGGGAGGGGAGUUUCGUUUUCCAACUACUGGGGAGACAUUCUGCACUUUCCAUCACCUGAAAGCUCCAGGACACUGACGUUUUUCUUUGGUUAGAUUCUACCCUGCAAUUUCCACAAUCUCAGCCAGUUUCAGGAAGGUGAUAGCUGGUUUGUCACAGUGGAUUACUGGUGAGAGUGUUAGCUCUUAAUGGACAGUGAUGAAAAGUAGUGAACUAAAAUCGCAGCACAGAAUUUGCUGUCUUAAGUUUUUCAAACCAUUUGGUACAUUAAUCCCACAGCCCCUCAAAGCCCAUUCUUUGUAUAGUCAGCUGAUGUAGCUGGGUGGUGGUGGGUCCUAUGUAGUUAUUAAAAAGUUAAACAUUUAAAUGGUGAUAUUUGCAGAUUGGACACUUAAAGAGUUGAGGCUCCCUUUUAGCGCCAAAACUUGAAACUACAGCUUUUAGUUUAGUUGGGACUCUUCCGCUACCUUACUCCCUUAAAACUACAUCUCCCAGCAUGCUCUGAAGCUGGUCUGACCUCAUUUCAAAUGGCCCCGUAGGGCAACAAGGCUGGUUAGUUUUGACCGUGCUGCUUGUGCCAUGAAAAAAUCGAUCCCAACUGGCAGCCAUUUGGGCUUUUAUAUCUGUCAAGCCCCUUUUUUGAACUGUGGUCAUUAAAUGAAGGGAUCUGGUCUGGGAGGGCCCAUCCAUCCCCGCAACUGGACGAGGGACCAAGCAAACUGUCUCCGGCAAUCUAAAUAAGAGGGAAUGUUGACCAGGGAACACCGCUGGGGCCGAUCUGAGGAGCAGGAACCGGAGCCCAGGCUGAGUCCGAAAACUGUCGGAUCCAGACUUUGGCUCGGGGACGGUUGGAAGUGGGAGAUGGAGAUGCCAGAGGAACCGGCCAAUAGUAAUAGUGGGCAUUCGCUACCCCCAGUUUAUAUUUAUAGUCCCGAGUAUGUCAGCAUUUGCGACUCCCUCGCCAAGGUCCCCAAACGGGCCAGUAUGGUUCACUCUCUGAUCGAAGCAUAUGCCCUGCAUAAACAAAUGAGGAUAGUGAAGCCCGAAGUGGCCUCCAUGGAGGAGAUGGCCAGCUUCCACACUGAUGCCUAUCUGCAGCAUCUCCAGAAGGUCAGCCAAGACGGUGAUGAGGAUCACCCAGACUCCACAGAAUAUGGACUAGGUUACGACUGCCCAGCCACACAAGGGAUAUUUGACUAUGCAGCAGCUAUAGGAGGCGCUACAAUCACAGCUGCCCAGUGCCUGAUUGACGGGAAGUGUAAAAUAGCGAUUAACUGGUCUGGAGGGUGGCAUCACGCAAAGAAAGAUGAAGCAUCUGGUUUUUGUUAUCUCAAUGAUGCUGUCCUGGGAAUAUUAAGAUUGCGACGGAAAUUUGAACGUAUCCUCUAUGUGGAUUUGGAUCUGCACCAUGGAGAUGGUGUAGAAGACGCCUUCAGUUUUACAUCCAAAGUUAUGACUGUGUCCCUGCACAAAUUCUCCCCAGGAUUUUUCCCAGGAACAGGUGACAUGUCUGAUGUUGGCCUGGGGAAAGGCCGCUACUACAGUGUCAAUGUGCCCAUUCAAGAUGGCAUACAGGAUGAGAAGUACUACCACAUCUGUGAAAGUGUGCUGAAGGAAGUGUACCAGGCCUUCAAUCCUAAAGCAGUGGUUUUACAGCUGGGAGCAGAUACCAUUGCUGGGGACCCAAUGUGUUCCUUUAACAUGACGCCAGUGGGGAUCGGCAAGUGUCUGAAGUAUGUCCUUCAGUGGCAAUUGGCAACUCUGAUUUUAGGAGGAGGAGGCUAUAACCUUGCCAACACGGCUCGUUGCUGGACAUACUUGACCGGGGUCAUCCUAGGGAAAACACUAUCCUCUGAGAUCCCAGAUCAUGAGUUUUUCACAGCAUAUGGUCCUGAUUAUGUGCUGGAAAUCACGCCAAGCUGCCGGCCAGACCGCAAUGAGCCCCAGCGAAUCCAGCAAAUCCUCAACUACAUCAAAGGGAAUCUGAAGCAUGUGGUCUAGUUGACAAAAAGAGAUCAGGUUUCCAGAGCUGGGAAGCAGUGCCUAUAAUGAAGACAGUGUGUUGAUGCAAGCAGUUUGUGGAAUUUGUGACUGCAGGGGAAAUUUGGAAGAAAUUACUUCCUGAAAAUUUCCAAGGGGCACCAAGUGGCAGCUGGCCUCCUGGGGUGAGGAGGCAGACACCCCAGAGCCAGGCCUAGGGGGAAGAGGAAGAUAUCCAACAUUUAAAGUGUUUAUUUUAAAGCAUACACACAAAUGCAGUUUUUAAUCUUUCAAAAUUAUUUUUAAGCAAGUUGGGGAGGGGAGUAUUUUUAUCUUCUUAAAGGGGACAAGUUAGAAGUUGCAAGAAAGUGGGAUUGGGUGGUGGGCAGCAGACAGGCAAGUUUGGACCCCAGGGCCAUCUAGGUAGAGUUCGGUGGGGGAGGGCUAUCAGCAGACUGGGAGGGGAAGAGGAGUCUACCACUUUUGUUUUAGUAUUAUGCACUCAAGUUGUUUCUAAUAAAAUCUUCAAAAACCCA